UCACGAACCACAAUAAAUGUCAACGGUCCCCAUCUCUCAAGAAGAGUUCUACAGUAACUGGUUCUUUGCAUGAGCGUUAUUGAGAGGGCUCAAUCACAACUUUAGCACGUGUUUUAGUUUGUCAUGCAUGUAUUCUGUGAAGCGUUGCAUACAGUGCUUCCACCCUAUUCUUCCAGCUGUGAGUUCUUGAUGGGUUUUCUCCGGUUCUUGGCACGGUGUCUGGACACAUCUGCUACUACCAUGCUCCAGCUGUCUCUGGUGGUGUGUUUACUAUCCAUCACUGUGACUACCCCCCAGUCCCAGUUCCAGACUACACACCCCUUGUACAAGAAGGGCCACAACAUCACCAUCCAUUCCUCCCAGCUGGUGUGUAGUCUACCCGGCCCUCAGGGGCCAGGUGGCAACCCAGGGGGCCCCGGAUCUCCAGGGACUAUGGGUCCCAUGGGUACCCCAGGGAAGGAUGGCCUGGAUGGGGAUGAUGGAAAGAAGGGGGAGAGGGGUGACAGAGGUGAACAGGGGAGGUCUGGGAACCCAGGUAAACCCGGGGUUAAAGGUCGUGAGGGCGUAGUGGGCAAGCAUGGACCCCGAGGGCUGAAGGGCGCGCGUGGGGCCCCAGGUCUGGCCGGGCUGGGGGGCACCAAGGGGGAGAUGGGGGACGCAGGUGAGACAGGGGCUCCUGGGGGCUGUAACUGCGGCACCAACUCAGCCCGCUCCGCCUUCUCUGUUGCCAUGACCAAGAGUUACCCCAAAGAGCGUCUCCCAAUCCGGUUCAAACGUAUUCUACUCAACGAAGGGAACCACUACAACGCCACGACUGGGAAGUUUGUCUGCUCUGUCCCUGGAGUCUACUACUUCACUUAUGACAUCACAUUGGCCAAUAAGCACUUGGCGAUCGGGCUGGUGCACAACGGGCAGUACAAGAUCAAGACGUUUGACGCCAACACUGGGAACCACGAUGUGGCGUCCGGUUCCACGGUUCUCCGGUUAGAGCGCCAGGACCAGGUUUGGCUGCAGAUCUUCUACUCUGAACAGAAUGGGCUGUUCUAUGACCCGUUCUGGACAGAUAGUCUGUUUACCGGGUUCCUGAUCUAUGCAGACCAGGAGUAUCUGAACGAAGUGGACAGGAAAGCUAAUGAGGAUUCAUCACCUUCAUCCUGAUGGGUUGAACUACAAUGGCACCAGUUUAGCUUCCUUGCCCAUUUGGGUAGAAAAUUCUGCCUGUCAUCAUUGAAAUCAUAGCUCAGCCUAUUUAUACUCAGUUUGGGUCAAUGAUACAAUUCACUUUUUUAGAGAACAUUUUAAUAGGCCUACUGUAUUAUCUUUGCAUAUUAUUGAAAAAAGCUUUUCCCUAUAUUGACACCAGGUGGCUCCAGGAGUCGUCUGUUGCCCAGCUAAUACUCAUUGCUUAUUGUUUAUGAACAGAAUUGCAUUGCAUGUUAUGGCUUAUUGGAUUGUUAAUGGUGGAGGGAAAUGAGGGAAAUUAUUUUAUUUUCACAUUCAAUAAUUUUUGGUGCUGUUUAUAUUCAGCAAUAAGGAGAUGUUCCUACAUGCAACUAACCCUCUCUGUCUAAAUUACAUGAGAAUGCACUGUUAGUGUUACAUGUUAUUAAAAAUAGUUUAUUUUGUGUUAUAAAUCAUAUUAUAGUAAAUUUUACAAUGUGCUAAAGGAAAACGUUUUUUUUUUUUACCCACGUACCUAGAGAAAGUUGAUAAAGUGAUUUGCAAUAAAACUUGAUUUAAUCAUCUACGGUACUAUCCGUUUUUAAAAUGCCAGCUUUUGUUAAGUUGUUCAUAUCUGGGA